GAAUCAGGUUUAUUAUCACCGGAUGUGACGUGAAUUUGUUACAUUUAGCAGCAGUUCAAUGCAAUACAUAAUCUAGCAGAAAAAAAAUAAUAAUAAACAAAUCAAUUACAUAUAUUGAAUAGAUUUUUAAAACGUGCAAAAACAGAAAUACAGUAUAUUAAGAAAAAAGUCAGGUAGUGUCCAAAGAUUCAAUGUCCAUUUAGGAAUCGGAUGGCAGAGAGGAAGAAGCUGUUUCUGAAUCACUGAGUGUGUGUCUUCAGGCUUCUGUACCUCCUCCCUGAUGGUAACAGUGAGAAAAGGGCAUGUCCUGGGUGCUGGAGGUCCUUAAUAAUGGACGCUGCCUUUCUGAGACACCGCUCCCUGAAGAUGUCCUGGGUACUUUGUAGGGUAGUGCCCAAGAUGGAGCUGACUAGAUUUACAACCCGUCUGCAGCUUCUUUGUGUCCUGUGCAGUCGCUCCUCCAUACCAGACAGUGAUGCAGCCUGUCAGAAUGCUCUCCACUGUACAUCUAUAGAAGUUAGACCGGAGACCCAAAUUCUGAAUGGGACAGCAGAGACGAGAGCUGAAUGGCCUACUUUUUCUAAAGUUGCAAUUGUGGGAGACAGUUAUACGCAGAUAAGCUGCUAUAGUUCUGCGUUACAAUGCUAAACACUGUUCGAAAGUCUUUCAUUUGUGGCGAAUAAAGCUUUGAGAGAUCCCGAAAGCCUGGUGACCCGAGUCAGCCUGUCGUUUCUCUUCCGGGAGUAGCGUGUCUCACGCAUGCGCGGUAUUGCAGGAGCGGUUACCAUAGUGAUAGGACCUCCGGAGUUCGAGAAAGAUAAUACCUCCGCAUCUUCGAUCCCCGCAAAGCAAGAUCCUUAUCGGGAAGGAAACAGGACCUUCGGCCCACUGGAAAAUAUUCGGUAUGAUAUUGUGGCCAUCACUGAGACGUGGCUAAAGGACGCCUGUCUCUGGGAGCUGAACAUCCAAGGAUACACAGUGUAUCGCAAGGAUAGGAAGGGGUGGGUGACCAUGGCCACGGACCAGAUAUCAGGUGCAGUCACCUUGUUCGAGAAGAAGAAGAGCGGAACUGUGUAUCGUAUACCUUCCCUCCUGUACCUCGAGAGAGAUGCAGUCUUUUUAGCAUUUGCCGAGAAGCGAAAUUCAUCCAGUGAUGUGAAUGCAAAGAGUCUGGUGCUGCGGCGAGGAACGUUUUACGAUGGAACAGUGAAGUGGGAAGACGAGGUCAAGCUGGAGGCGGCCAGCUUGGCAGGCUACCGCUCCAUGAACCCAUGUCCCGUGUACGAGCGCCAGGGAGGGAAGGUCUACCUCUUCUUCAACUGCAUUGUGGAUGGGGUAUCGGAAUGGCAACAGGUAUGGAGGAGGAAGAACGCUGCCAGGCUCUGCUACGUGCUGAGCCAGGAUGCCGGGCUGAGCUGGAGUGGCCCCUGGGACGUGACGGAGAAAGUGAUCGGACAUCGGAUCCGCCACUGGGCCACGUUCUCAGUGGGGCCAGGCCACGGUGUGCAGACAGAGGGUGGCACGCUGGUCAUCCCCGCCUACGCAUACAUGGUCUGGCAACGGUGCUGCCUCCUGCCAGCCUGCCUCUCCACCCACCCGCACCCCUUUUACUUCUACAGCGAGGAUGGUGGGGUGAACUGGGCAGUGGGGGAGCCCCUGACCAAGUACCGAGGGGUGGAGUGCGAAAUGGCUGAGAUCACCAUUGCCAACCACAACCGUGUUCUGUACUGUAAUUCCCGGACAAGUGGCCAGGGCCGGGUGGAGGCCAUCAGCCUGGAGCCCGGGUACUUCGAGAUUGCCCGCCUGGACAAGGGUCUGCCCGAGAGCAAGGGUGGCUGCCAGGGCAGCGUGGCGAGCUUCCCCACACCCAAUGGGCUAAAUGGCAGUCAAUCUGCCGCAGGGGAUGGCUUGUCCUGGCUCCUGUAUACACACCCGUGUGGCGAGCGCAAAUUCUUUUGGCACUGCCACAACCGCACCAACCUGGGCAUCUUCCUGAACACCAGCCCCCUCCGGAGAGGGCAUUGGCAUGGUCCCUGGGUCAUCCAGGCGGGACCGUGUGGCUACUCAGACCUCGCCUAUGUCCAUGGUGCCCGCAGCUUCGCCUGCCUGUAUGAGUGUGGCACAUGUGACUCCUGGGAGCAGAUCACAUUCUGUCUCUUCACUGUCAGUGACGUGAUGAAGAACAUCAUUGUGUAAUACAGCAUGAAAACAGGCCAACCACAACACCCUCCCUGCUCAUCUCAGUUGUCCAUGUCCAGCUCAUAACCCUGCAAGUCCCUAUCUAAAUGUCUCUGAAAUGUUCCAAUUAUACCACCUCGGCCACUUCCUCUGGCAGUUUGUUCCCAGUUCUCACUAAACAAGUUACAGUACCUCUCAGCUCCCUUUUAAAUCUCUUCCCUCUUGUACCCAUACCUUCUAGUUUUGGACUAGAGAAAAGUCUAUGACUGUUCACCUUCUCCAUAUUCCUACGGUUUUAUAAACUUCUGAGGUCACCUCUCAUUCCCCUAGGCUCCAGUGAAUAUAGGAACAGCAUGGCAAACUUGACCCUACAACUCAGCCUCUCUAGUCCAGGCAACAUCCUCAAAAAUCUCGUCUACACCCUCUCCAGUUUGACCUUUCCUACAACGGGGUGACCAAACUGUAUAUAAUACUCCAAGUAUGGCUUCACCGACAAUCUGUAUAACUACAAUAUGACGUGCGUAUUCCUGGUCUCGAUGCCCUGACUGAUAAAGACCAGCAUGUUGAACACCUUCACUUCCCUGUCUACUUGCAUGGCCGUUUUCAGCAAACUGUGCACUUGUACUCCCGGAUCCUUCUGUUCAACAACACAUGUUGGGGCCCUGCCAUUCGCAGUAUAGCUCUACGUAGGUUUGAAUGUACAAAAUCAUCUAAGGCACAUCAGUGACCCAGCAAAAAGGAGGCAACACUUUCAUUGUCUUCCAGAUGGGCCACUGUAAUUACCUCUUCAAUGCAUGCAUAUGUGAGAGCUUCAAUGUAUACGUACACAAGUAUUGCUGCAGGAUGCAGUCAGAUCUAGCCUCUCCUGCUUUUUAUUAUUUCAUUUAGAGAUACACCAUGCGCUUUGUUAAAAUGAUAGGCUCGCUGAUCCCACUCGAAGAGGCAGAAAGACAUAAACUCCAAUUAUCUACUUAGAACUACAAAACUACCUUUAUUAGAACACAACAAAACAAAACAAGCAUUAACAUACUUAUCUCAGUAUGCUCAGGACCCUCUCACUGCAGCACCCCUCCCAUUCAAUCCACUACACUGUUCAAGACCAGCCCAUCAGCGAGAUCUGAAGAACUAUCCCCAAGCCCCCCCAAACGCUGUAGUUUAUACCCUUUCCACUGAUACGAAACGCUGAAAGAACUGAACUAGUACAUAGCACCAUUUCAAACCAGAGAACUGGAACCAGUCAGCAGGUGGUGGGGUGGAGGUACACCUCUACCAAAGGAGGCGUAAGGCACUCCUCCCCUCCACUAGCCUGCAGAGCACCCUUGGGCAGGUGUAGUACCUGCUUAGCUCCGUCACCCCCCUCUGAUCAGGGUCAUGCAAAGCCAUGGAAACAGGUGGUGGAUGGUCGUACGAGCAGCCGGUGCAUAUCACAAGUCUUGGUUGUGCCACCACUGACACCAGGCAGACAAUCUCUGAGGAGCAUUGAUAAUGGCUGGGGUCACCUGUCUUGUAAAGACACUGCCCAGAAGGCAAUAGUAAAUAACUUCUGAAAAAAAUUGCCAAGAAGAAUGAAGGUCAUGAAAAGACUGCAAUCACCUACAUCAUACGACACAACACGUAAUGUAAUGAAUGAACAACACCUAUCACCGUUCUUCACAAGUCCCACCCGAGUUCAGCUAACUUUCAUGUUCCCCACAGUGUGGAUUCUCAUGGUGUACUCCAAGGGACGUAACCACGACUCCUGCAGCUAUUUCUGUUACAUUCACAGUGGUGGUGAGACAUUUGACAAGCAUAAAGAUUAACCUUUACACUACAGCACUUUAACAGGCCCUUCAGGACCACAAACAUGCAUUGCCUAAUUACAUCCAUGUGACCAAUUAACCCACUAACCUGUACGUCUUUGGGAUAUGGGAGGAAACCCACGCAGUUACAAGGGGAACGAGCUUUUUUCCCAUUUCAUGCAUUCCUCCAGAAGGUAGUGGAUACGGCCCAGUCCAUCACAGGCAAAACCACUGAGCACAUCUACAAGGAGUGCUGUCACAGGAAAGCAGCACCUAUCAAGGAUCCUGGACACCCAGGUCACGCUCUCUUCUCACUGCUGCCAUCAGGAAGAUGAUACAGGACGGGAGUCUCAAAACCUACUUCACCAGGUUCAGGAACAGUUAUUACCUGUCAACCAUCAGGCUCUCGAACCAGAAUGAAUAGCUUCACUCACUCCAUCACUGAACUGAUCCCACAUCUCUGGACUCACUUUCGAGGACUCUUCAGCUCACAUUCUUGAUGUUUAUUAUGGUUUUCUUUUCGUAUUUGCAGAGUUUGUUGUCUUUUGCACACUGGCUGAUCACCCUGCUGGUGCAGUCUUUCACUGAUUUUGUCACAGUUAUUGGACUUAUUGAAUAUGUCUGCAAGAAAAUGAAUUUCAGGGUUGUAUACGGUAACAUAUAUGUACUUUGAUAAUAAAUUUACUUUAAACUUUUUAAACUCAGAAAGAAGUGGUCUCAAU